AUGGUCGUUCGUGCUGUAAUUGGAACGCUAGUCAACUGCAUUCCUUACUCCGACCAUUUACCCCAAUUUGUACAGCAUGCCAUCUAUGAGGAUACCUCCUCGUACGAAUCAGCUAAGCUGGAGUCACCCUUGGCCAGCUCUUCUGAUGUUGGGACCCCCAUGAGUCCACAACAAAAGAUACACAACCGAAUUUUACAAAACAGGGGCUCCGUGUCUACCCCUGCAAUGCCGAAUGAUGAUUUCUCACUAAACGACCCGGUAGACCCUGUGGACCCAGUUUUACCAUCCCAGGAUCGGAGUGACGCCUUGACCGAAACAGAAACCGUCCAGGACCCAGACUCCACCCGUCACAGCAUGGUGCAGAAAUACUUGGAUGAGCAGAACGCCAAAUUUGACACCCUUAUCAACAAGAAUCUCAAUGUCGUUUUGCAACAACAAAACAUGUACGAGGACGAGGCCUCGUGGCAACAGCUCAUGGUUGAGAUGGCUAUGUCGAGAGACAAAGAAGAGAUCAGCUUGAAGAUGACCUCCUUGAUGGGGAGGGCGUCUACAUGGAUCCAGUCGCAUAUACCUCGAAGCAUUUCCAGCAAGCCGCCCAGCCGAGCUAACAGCAGGCCUGUUUCAAGAGCUGCGGUAACAGAAGCCGAUAGCAACGAGCCCACGGACGCUGUAGUCCGGGCAGACGAUGCAACAAUCGAGAACUUCUUGGACUCGCUUGAUUAUCAAACAAAGGUGAAUCUUUUACGUCAAUUGAGGAUCGACUUGGGCCUUUCGGACCAAGACGACUUGCUGAAAUUUUCCCAAGAAUUGUCAAAAUCACAUCCUGGAGCUCCUUCGCUUCUUAUAGACAAGUUCGAGACACUCAUGAUCAUUUCUGUCCGCUUGUCGUUCAUUUGCCUCAAAUUUAUGAUACCAAUGGCAACGCUAAUGUACCUCAAGUUCAGAAACAACGACGUGCUAUUUUUCAACAACAAGAAUUUCAACAGGCUUUUGACGCUCACAAUCAGGUUUAUGGAAUCAUUGGAAAAGAGACUAAAGACAGAGACUCUUAAUGCAUAUCAAUACGGGCAACAGGCCCAAGAUCCCCAAGCGUCCACACAGACGAUUGAGCAAGAUACGGCCGUUGCCCAGCUCGAAUCUCCAUUUAAUGAAUCACCCAUAGAUACGCCAAAAGCUACAUGGACAGAUACGUUUACGAGAAUGGCUGUUAAUUACUGGCUUAAGUCAAGAAGCGCUCAAGCAGAUUACGCAAAAGACCCACGGUAUGCGCAAUACUUCUCUGGCAAGAAGGACGGGCAAGGUGAUUGGGACGAUAGAGACGAAUUAAACCCGGGAGAGCAAGGCCAGCCGUCUUUUAUCGACAUAGCCCAGCAGUUUGCAGAUCAGCUCAGGUAG